CAGUACUGUUGGUGCGCUAGUCGUACAGUAGUUCUAAACAAAACAGUUGUGACAGAGAUGGCGGUGGAAGUGUACGCAUUCUGAUGUUUUACUAUAAACAUAACAAUACAUUUAAAUAACCGCGGGUGUUAAUUUCAUUUCAAAUUUCUUUAUAUUAUUAGGAAAUUACGAUAUCAAAAACAGUGCCUGAAAUAUCACACUCAAAGAAGAGGACCAUAAAGCAUUAAUUUUCCGCACUCAACAUUUCGCGAGGAUAAAUGGGCAUAGGAAGAGGAUGUCUAGAAUUUUAAAUAUUUCAACGUAAAAUAGAUAUGAUCUGGGCUUGGCAGCGUCAUCGCCGAAGAUUUAAUUCACUCAUCCACACCUCUCCAAAUCGUCGAUAAUUUUAGGGUUGAUUAAUUUCAUGUAAAACGCAGAAAUUGUUCUAUGAUAAUGUCAGUAUCAGCGAAAGUAUGUCGAAAAAUGUCCCCAAAGACCUUCGCAUUGACAGCUAUAGGCCUCACUAUAAUCCUUUGCGUGUAUUACGCCAAUUACACCACUGACAUUCGCACAAAUCAAACGCAAGAAAAUUCAAAAGAAAACGACGAACUGCCUCAACCUCAGCGCGUCUUCGAACUUCUCCAAAGAUCAAAAGUCGCAACUAAAAAAGAGUUCGAAGUGUGCCCGAAGCUGUAUCCUGCGGAGGCGGACAUAAGCACUGUGGAUGUUUUUAAGGAUUUCGAGUUUCAGCCGACUUGGAUGAAGAGUAAAGAAUACUGGGACAAAUCAUUCGAAGAUCGAUUUGAACGUCAAAAAAUGGAUGCUGAAAGACCACCACUGAAGGUGAUAAUAGUUCCUCACUCCCAUAACGACCCCGGAUGGCUGAAAACCUUCGAGAAUUAUUUCCACUACAGCUCCCGCCAAAUAAUGAACCACAUGGUGGCGAAACUGCAACAGUACAAAAACCUAACAUUUAUUUGGUCCGAGGUGGCGUUUUUGAACGCUUGGUGGGAGGAAGCCCAUCCGAGCAAACAGCGAGCUCUUCGAAAUUUGGUCCAUUCGGGGAGACUCGAAAUCGCCACCGGUGGGUGGGUGAUGACCGACGAAGCCAACGCACACGUCUACGCCAUGGUGGACCAACUUAUCGAAGGCCACCAGUGGGUUUGGUCCAACCUGGGGGUCAAGCCCAUUUCGGGCUGGUCAGUGGACCCCUUCGGACACGGCAGCACCCAGCCCUACAUCCUCGCUUCUUCGGGAAUCAAAGGCACAGUUAUCCAGCGCAUCCACUACGCGUGGAAACAAUGGCUAGCCCUGAAACAAUACGGCGAUUUCCGGUGGGUCCCCACGUGGAGUCCAGCAAACCCAUCAGCCACCCUCCUCACCCACAAUCAACCUUUCGACAUCUACUCCAUAAAGCACAGCUGCGGCCCCCACCCUUACAUUUGCCUUAACUUCGACUUCCGCAAGGUCAUCGGCGAAUACACCGAGUACUCCAUCAAAGCCCAAGCCAUCACCGACAAGAAUAUCAAAGAAAAGAGCGAAUUGUUGCUGGAGCAGUACGCUCGAACCGGAUCUUUGUUCCCCCACAACGUGGUUUUGAUGCCUCUCGGCGACGAUUUUCGCUACAAUGUGGCGGAAGAAUGGGACCAACAAUACACAAACUAUAUCAAACUAAUAGACUAUAUCAACGCGAAUAAAGACACUUAUAAAGCCGAAGUGGGAUUCGGGACACCGAAAGACUACUUUCGCGAGAUAAUGAAACGCUACGAUCAAUACCCGACUCUAAAGGGCGAUUUUUUCGUCUAUUCGGACAUUUUCUCGGAGGGCCGACCCGCCUACUGGUCCGGCUACUUCACCACAAGGCCCUUCAUGAAAAUCUUAGAUCGGGAAUUGGAGAAUAGUCUCCGAAGUGCCGAAAUUUUAUACACCAUAGCAUUGAACAACGCUCGACAAAACAAACUUUUACCAUACGUUAAAAUCCUCGAACGCGAUUUCGAGAAAUUGGUCCGGGCUCGCCGCAAUUUGGGGCUGUUCCAACACCACGACGCCAUCACGGGGACUAGCAAAUCCUUCGUGAUGCGCGAUUACGGUCUCAAGCUCUUUGAGGGGAUCCGAGACACCGUCAGUAUUCAACAAAACUCGCUCCAAAGCCUCCUCUUCCCCGACAUUCCCAUAAAACCAGGAGAGAACGUCAUUUUAAGCGAUUUGGAACGAGACUCGUAUGAGAAACUCCCCAAGAAGACACCAAUCGGGUUGGGAGCCCGUCAAGUGCGUAAAAUCGUGCUGUACAACUCACUAGCUCAACCCCGAGAGCAAUUAAUUCAAGUGAGGACCAACACGAGUAGUGUGAAAAUUGUCGAUAAUGAAGGGAACGAAGUGGUGUCCCAAAUUAAUCCAGUGUGGGACACGUCGGAAAGCAACACGAAAUUGUGGAUCGCAGCCGACGAAUUCGAGGUUGUCUUCAUUGCAAAACUCAAAGAGUUGUCUCUUACGACCUAUAGUUUAGUUUAUGAAGAGAAUGAGACGAGACUGGCCACGAUCUAUUGCAACAAAUGUCACAGGAAGGCCAGCAUUAUCACAAACACUGAUAGUACAACCUUGAAGCAAAACGACGUCUUGAAAUCAAAAUUUGUAAUCAAAAACAUACCCACGGGUGAUAUUCAAUUAGAGAAUCACAAAUUUAAAAUUUUAUUUAACGGAAAUACAGGGUUCAUGAAAACGGUCACGCGGAAGCACAGCCCCAAAAUCAUGCAAUGCGGACUCCAAUUCGCAGCCUAUCGCAGUGCGCAGUUCCACUCCGGGGCUUACUUAUUCAUGCCGGACCCCAACGAACGCGACAUCGAGAAGGACGUUCUCCAGCAAUACAAGGACCAGAUGAGCAUCAUCAUAACCUCAGGGCCGGUCUCGAGCGAAAUCACCGUGAUUUACGGGGCUUUUCUCGUCCACACCGUGGCCAUAUACCACGUGGAGUCCCCCCUCGCCGACGCCAUCUACACCGAGAGCACUGUCGACUUUGAAAACCCGCCGAAAAACCGCGAAACCGAACUUUUCAUGCGCAUCAUCUCCGAUGUCCAAAACGGGGAAGUCCCUGAGUUCCACACCGAUCAGAACGGUUUUCAGAUGCUGAAACGAAUCAAGGUUGAGAAAAUCGGGGUUGAGGGGAAUUAUUUCCCCGUAACUACGAUGGCCUACAUCCAGGAUGAUAACGUGAGGUUGAGUUUGUUGACGGAUCAUGCGCAGGGGGCGGCAGGGUGGCAGCCCGGGUUUUUGGAGGUGAUGCUCGACAGGAGGACGCUGUAUGAUGAUUCCAGGGGGAUGGGCGAGGGGUUGGUGGACAAUAAGAAGACGGUACAUAAGUUCUGGAUCUUGAUUGAGGAUGUAGUUAAAGAAAAGGGUGAAAAGGGGCAUUCGAAACGAUUCGAGAACUCGGAUGAUACGUUCGAGAAGGGAGAUGUUGUUAGGUCGUUUAAUGUACCGACGGAUCCGGUGGAGUCCGGAAAGCAGGAGGGGUUUCCCCGCGCGUCGCUGUUUGCUAAUCAGAUGUCAAACGGGUUGAAUUAUCCCGUGGGGAUUUUUAUUCUUGACCAGGAACACCAAGAAGUGAAGAAGAGUCUCGAUUUGGUUAAUAGGGAAUUCCCCUGUGAUACGCAUUUGAUGACAUUGAGGACUCAACCGGAUUCGGUUUAUUCACAGUUUCCUUCUUCUAGCGCCCUCUUAGUGUUGCAUAGGCAAGGGUAUGACUGUGCUGUGAGUAAGAAUUUUUCUUGUACCUUGUCGAAAUUCGACAGUGGGUUUGAGCAUGUCAAAAUUAAGGAAAUUCAAGCGAAAACGUUGACCGGAAUCGAUGAUCUGCCAGAUAAUGUUAAACAUUUGAGUGAUAUUUAUCUCGAACCCAUGACUUUAAAGACUUUUAACAUGACCUUUGUAUAGUAGCAAUUGAUGUGAUUUUAUAGAUUUUUAAUGAAUACUUUAUUUAUAUUUUUAAAAUUUGUAGAUAAUGUAAAUAGGACUUUUUAAAAAUGUGUGCAUUCUAUGUUGUUACGUCCUAGUAGAAUUAUUGGGUUUUAUGUAAUUUCAAGCACCGACUGAUCAUGUUUUAUUAUUUAAGUAUGUUUGCUGUUACGAAAAAAAUAUAUCGUUUUUUAUACGUUGAACCUUAUAUUUGCCGAAAAUAAAAGUUCCAACAAAUACGGUUUACUUUUUUAUUCUCAGUCUAAAUUUAUAAAGAAUUAAUACAUCUUACACAUUGGGAUCAUGCCCUACUAUCGAUAAUAAGAAAAAAUAUGCAUCACAGUUUCAAAUGAAUAAAUAUACAUCGUAA